AUGUCGGUGUUACUACCGCUGUACACUUUUCCGUGGCCUGGUGUUUGGGAGCCAUUGUACUGGGAAGCCAACAAGAACCCAGAACUCAACUUCACCGUUGUCAUAAAUCCAUGUUCAGGACCCUGCAUGGAUGCUCUCCCUCCGCAGGCUUAUAUAGACGAAAUACCCAAGCUAGCACUAUACCCCAACAUCCGCACACUGGGAUAUGUCGCCACAAACUACACAGACAAGCCUCUCGUGAAUACUACGGCAGAGAUACAUCGAUGGGGAGACUGGCCGAACCUGAUGAACAGCAGCAAAUUCGCCGUCGACGGAAUCUUCUUCGAUGAGACGCCCGGGUUGUAUCACUGGCAAAAGCACGACUAUCUGAAGGCUGCCGCGGAUGAAGUCAAAAAAGAUCGGAAUUUAGGACAGAAGAUUGUUGUUCACAACCCUGGCACGCUGCCUGACUACACAUGGCACUACCUCGACAUCGCCGACAUCACCGUUAUUUUCGAGGAUACUUUUGCAAACUUCAUAACUGCUCCGCGGUUCAACGCCAUCAAGGACUUUCCACGCUUGAGCAACUACAGCACUGAUGCCUUAUCGUUGAUGAUCCACUCGAUGGGGAAUAUACCGCAAGAGUUGACCGAAUGGACGGCUGAGCAGACCAAGGAGCUGGCGGGUUGGAAUUACGCAACGAGUGUGAAUGAGCUUGGGGAAUGGUGGCAUUCGUUCCCUGAUAUCUUUGACUUGUGGACUACGAAAUAUGCUGAAAGCUAG